AUUUAGUUUCAGAGGUGCAGCUCACAAUUCAUGCAAUUUAAAUUACAAGGAUUCGAGGUUUGUGCCGGUUAUCUUUCAUAACCUCAAUUAUGACACACACUUCAUUUUGAAAGAGAUUGCUUCUUCUACAAUAAUGAAUGGACGAGUAUCUCUGAUACCUCACAACAAAGAAAAAUAUAUUUCAUUUACGAUGUAUAUAGAUGACUGUGACAUCAGUUUUAGAUUUAUAGAUUCAUGGCGUUUUUUACCAUCAUCGUUGGAAAAGCUUGCAUCAUAUUUGGAAACCGUGCCGAUAGCAGUAAAUGAGUUUAAAAAUGAUGGAUUUACAGAUGAAAAAAUCAAUCUUCUUAGACGAAAAGGUAAAUUUCCAUAUGAUCUCGUAGAUGGAUUGGACAAGUUGAUGACUACAAAACUGCCAGAGAAGAAUGAGUUUUACAAUAAACUAACAGAUUCUCAUAUUAUUGACGAAGACUAUCACCAUGCUGUUACAGUAUGGAAUAUGUUUACUAUAAAAACUUUGGUUGAAUAUUCAGAUUUGUACUUGAAAACAGAUGUUUUAUUAUUAGCUGACGUAUUCGAAAGUUUUCGAGAGACAUCUCUGAAAGCGUAUAGUUUAUGUCCUGCACACUUUUACACGACUCCAGGUCUCACAUUUUCAGCAGCUCUAAAAAUGACAAAAGUGGAAUUGGAGCUUCUUACAGAUAUAGAUAUGCUGAUGUUUAUUGAAGCAGGCAUUCGAGGAGGAAUAAGUCAAUGUUGCAAUCGGUAUGCUAAGGCGAACAAUCCGUACAUGGGACCAUCAUACGAUAAGAAUCAGAAAACGAAGACACUCUUAUAUUUUGAUAUUAAUAAUCUUUAUGGAUGGGCUAUGGUGCAGUAUUUACCAGUGGGAAAAUUCAAAUGGAUCGAAUUCAAAUUUUUUCAAUGCACCACCAGACUGAUACAGGCUACUUUGCUGAAGUAGAUUUAGAGUAUCCUGAAGAAAUACAUGAUGAUCAUCAAGAUUUGCCUUUUUGUGAAGAACAUCGUACACCCCCUGGCUCAAAGCAAAAGAAACUGUUGACUACUUUGAACGAUAAGAAAAGGUAUGUCAUUCAUUAUCUUGCGUUAAAACAGGUAUUAGAUAAUGGACUUCGACUAAAAAAAGUGCAUAGGAUUCUGAGUUUUGAGCAGAAGCCUUGGCUCAAACCAUAUGUUGAAUUUAAUACAGAGAAGAGAAAGCAGGCCAAGAAUGAGUUUGAAAAGCUUUUCUACAAGUUAUUAAUUAAUGCAGUAUAUGGUAAGUGCAUCGAGCGAGAACGAUCUCGCGUUGAUGUGCGAUUAGUGAAUAAAUUUACAGGUCGAUAUGGAGCAGAAGCACGUAUAGCUCAACCAAAUUUUCAUAGUUGUGCUAUCUUUGAUGAAAAUUUGGUUGCUAUACAGCUAAAGAGAACAAGUAUUACCAUUAAAAAACCAAUAUACGUUGGAUUACAAAGAGAACAAUCAAUUUGGAUUCCCGCGUGUCAAUAAAAAAGUGCCUGGAUUAAUGAAAGAUGAAUGCUGUGGCAAGAUUAUGACGGAAUUUAUUGGUUUACGUAGCAAAAUGUAUAGUAUUUUGAUAGAUGGAUCUGAGACUGUGAAAAAAGCCAAAGGCAUAAAAUCGAGUGUUGUGAAGAAAACAAUCACGUUCGAAGAUUAUCGAAAAUGUCUUGAAGAACAAAUUAUUGUUAAACGUGAGCAGUGCAACAUUCGCUCUAAAUUGCAUGUAAUGCAUACUGAAAAACAGAAUAAAAUAGCACUAAGUCCGCAUGAUGAUAAAAGAUACUUAUUACCUCAUAGCACAGACACUUUGCCUUGGGGUUAUUACCGAAUUAUUGAGGAACAGAUGGCGCUGGCUGUAAUUCAAAUGGAGGGGGAUGAAAAAAUGGCUGACACAAGAGAAGAAAGAGUGGGGUAGAUGGAAGUGGAGAAGGGAUAUGAAGCGACCAAUACUGAAGAAGAAAGCGAGAGAGCAAUGGAGAGGGGGAACGAAGUGACCAAUGAAAACAGUGCAGCACGAGUGGUGGUGACACUUUAUGGCGAUACAGGCGAACAAAUCAUUAUCGAAUACGAUGUUUGUGAGGAGCUAAUGCACGAAUGGAAUCCAUCGAUGGAGGGGGCAUCUUCCGAUAGAAGGGAAAUUAUACAAGAGGCGAUGGAAGGGGCAGACAUCAUGGCGGGGAAUGGGCUAUAUCAACCGACGCAGCACGGUGAAGAGCACAUUCGAGCAGUCGAGCUUGAAAAUGACCUGCCUUUAGGGAAGAAACCAAGACUCACUUAACAUUUCCAAAAUGGAUCUAUCUGCACUUAACAAAAUUGCUGAGCGCGGGUCUUGCCCAAGAAGAAAGCCACGGGCUUAGAAAAAGAUCAUGCAUACAUGGUGACUGCCCUCAAGGAAGUAAAGACGAGAUUCGGCAUGAAGAUCGUGUCCGAGAUCGAUGACAGCUUUCAAAUAUUUCUUCCAGAAAAGAUCUCAUCAGCAAUCUUGAAAGAUCAAGAACUUUUCAAUAAUCUCUCUAACACAGCAAAUAAACUUAGUUUAUUUAUAACAUAUCAGGGUGGAUCUUCUUUUAA